GCGGCCACAUCAAGACGAUCCCAAAGCCGGUAAUGAUGGUCGCAAGCACCGCUGCAUCCAUUCUCGACCGGAGCCGUUGCCCAGCAUUCCCGCGCCCAACCCAACAUCCAGCAGUGCACGUGAAGGCACUCCAGCGAGGAGCCCCUCCCGUCACGGUCUACAUCGUCCGGCCCGCAGCGUAUGUGCAAGCUCGAGCUGCUCCAUGUCAAUCGCAGCCAAUGGUAAUGAGUCGCGAGACAUCCUUUAUGGGAGCAUACAGCCCCAUGAUGUCUCCCUCCGUUUAUGUACGCAAUCCUGUAAUUCUUCCGCCACGGGUCCUGGUAAGGGCGUAG